CACCUGUCUGUAAGACUGUCUGGGAGGCUUUGUCGGUCAUUUCUAAAUUUUCUGCAAGACCCCACAAUCAAAACAAAUCGACCACGCGUGCUUUUCCCGCAGCAAUGACGUCACUUAAGCCCUCCCCUUCCUCGCAAGUAAACAGAAAAGACGGAGGAAAACAUUAAUGUCAGCCACCACGCGAGUGUUUAAUGGUUGAGAUACCUCGCUGUAGACGACAGCACAAGUUAUUUUCGCGUUUUCCGCGUCUUUUUAGCAGACUUUAAAGAUCCGGGGCCAGUUGACUUGCGCUGGAGCAAUGAAGGGAGAGGCGGAAGUGAAGUCACUUGACAGACCGUCCAUGUUAUUAUUGUUAUUUUGGUAGCUGUGUGAUGAGACGGGCUGGAGAGCCGUUGGUAUCCGAGACAACGACCGUUACUCCAGGCCACCCCGGACCCGCACCACACUCACCGCUGACCCGGAGACAGGAGCCUCGCCGACGGCUGGGGGGGGUGAGAGGACGCAGCUCCAGCUCGGCUCCUACUCCGACCGACCAAAAACGGCGACAAAAACAAUACGGCAUUCGUCAAAUAGCUCUCUCUCUCGCCUUAGACUGGUGUCUGUGCGGUUAACAGCGACGUGCCGCCGCAGACAUGAACGGCAUCACCAAGGGCCGGUUCGAGGUUUUCUCAAACAGUGAUGAAGCCCCCAUUAACAAGAAGCUGCCCAAAGAGCUUCUGCUUAGAAUAUUCUCCUAUCUAGACGUGGUUACACUCUGUAGGUGUGCUCAAGUAUCCAAGGCGUGGAAUGUUCUGGCCUUAGAUGGCAGCAACUGGCAGAAGAUCGACUUGUUCAACUUUCAGACAGACAUAGAGGGGCGGGUGGUGGAGAACAUCUCCAAGCGGUGUGGAGGCUUCCUCAGGCAGCUGAGCCUUAGGGGCUGUCUGAGUGUGGGAGACGCAUCCAUGAAGACGUUUGCUCAGAACUGCAGAAACAUUGAGGUUUUGAACCUGAAUGGCUGCACCAAGAUUACAGACAGCACCUGCCUCAGCCUCAGCAAGUUCUGCUCCAAGCUCAAACACCUGGAUCUCACCUCCUGUGUGUCUGUCAGCAACCACUCCCUCAAGGCCCUCAGUGAUGGCUGCCGAAUGCUGGAGAUGCUAAACCUGUCGUGGUGCGACCAGAUCACACGUGAUGGCAUUGAGGCUCUGGCUAGAGGCUGCAUUGGUUUACGAGCGUUGUUCCUCCGAGGCUGCACACAGUUGGACGAUGGAGCAUUGAAGCACCUGCAGAAACACUGCCCAGAACUCACCACCAUCAAUAUGCAGUCUUGCACACAGAUAACAGAUGAAGGCCUGGUCAGCCUGUGUCGGGGUUGUCAUAAGCUGCAGAUCCUCUGUGUGUCCGGCUGCAGUAACAUCACUGAUGCCUCCCUCACUGCACUGGGACUCAACUGUCCCCGACUCAAAAUCCUAGAGGCUGCACGAUGCUCCCAUGUGACAGAUGCUGGGUUCACUGUGCUGGCCAGGAAUUGCCAUGAGCUUGAAAAAAUGGACCUAGAAGAAUGUAUUUUGGUGACUGAUAACACCCUGGUUCAGCUCUCCAUCCACUGCCCUCGCCUGCAAGCGCUGUCCCUGUCCCACUGCGAGUUGAUCACAGACGACGGCAUCAGAGCUCUGAGCAGCAGUGCCUGUGGGCAGGAGCGCCUCACGGUGGUGGAGCUCGACAACUGCCCCCUGAUCACCGACGUGACUCUGGAGCACCUUAAGAGCUGCCAUCGCCUGGAGCGCAUCGAGCUCUACGACUGCCAGCAGGUCACCAGGGCUGGCAUCAAACGCAUCCGGGCCCACCUCCCAGAGAUUAAGGUCCAUGCCUAUUUUGCCCCAGUGACACCCCCGCCCUCUGUGCAUGGAGGCGGCCAGCGUCUGUGCCGCUGCUGCAUCAUCCUCUGACAGUGGAGGGCCAGGGGGGGCCACCUCUGUCUACAGGUCCUGCUGCUCUGAAAAAUGGGGGAUGGGGGUGGGCGUGGGGGGGCUGGACCCAAUCACUGCUCCUGAUCACUGAUCAAUACACAGACUGAUCACCACUGAUCGCUGGUCAGUUAAACCCUCCCCUCUGCUCUCUCCUCUUGCUCGGCCAUCAGCGUUGCAGCCGCCUCCUUUCGAUGCCUUGGGGCGUGAGGGGGGGCACGAAUAUGGAUGGAUGGUUCUCUGCCUUUCUCGCUCUCUCUCUCUCUCUCUCUCUCUCUCUCUCUCUCUCUCUCUUGCUCUCUCUCUCUCUCUCUCUCUGUCAGUACUGAAAAUGUUCUCCACUCCAUCCUGCUCCCUGCACCCCCCACCUCUGGGCUCAGAAGACUGCUCCUGGACAGUUGGAGAUGAGAGUGAAGGAGGCGAGGAUGUUUCCUUCACUGUAGUUGAGGAGGCAAGCAGAGCGGAGGGGGAGAUCCGAACAGUGGAACUACAAUGCAUCAUGUUCAAACUAAAAAAAAAAAAAAUUGACAGCAUUGUCAUUUUGGACAACAAUUCACUCUAUGGAGUAUCAUCUCAACCAAUCACAUGACACCUCUAUGUGACCAUCCUGUGAUUCAUUCUGCUUUGACCAAUAGACACACGGCGCUGAGGAGGAGGAGGGCUGGGUCGUGGGAAAUGCAGAUUGUCUGGAUGUAAACAGUGAAGCUGCUGGGAUAUCCCUUUUUGGCAUGACCCGCUCACCCUUCUAGUGUGGAGGAGGGGAGGAAAAACAGGAAGUACAGAAUGGGACAUGUGACAUUUUGUGCAUCUGAGAAUCUUCUGUUGAGAUUUUGAUUCUGUUUGUACAGAGAAUGUUUUGCAAUGGAAAAAAGAAUUACAUAAUGGCAACUCACUCAAGAUUGGAGUAUGCCUACAACAAAUUGUUAUUUUUAUUUUCUCUUUUUUCAGUGCUUAUUGUUAUUGUCCAUGCUUGUCUAUCCAGAGAGGGAGAAAUGUGUCUUUUUUCUUUUUGAAAUGGAAAAGAAAAAACCUAUUACCGUUUGACAGUAAUGGACUGUAUCAGUCAGCCCCCUAGCAUCUGAUGGUAUCACGUUGGCUUCAUGUGCUACUGGGAUGUGUACACUCAGGGCCUCCCCCGUGUACUGUGUGGGUAUGGUGGCUCGUGUCCUGCUCCAAACCUGUCAGUAGCCCUGUGCACUAGCCCUUACUUGACCACUAAGUGCUUGUUUCCCUGCUGGAUUAGGUUAAAACCGCAGUAAAACUUCUUUGAUUGGGCAGAUGUCAUCCUACUACCGUCUCCCUACUACUCUGAAACAAGAUUAGUAGCACUGGUGAAGCCAGUCAAGGAUUUCUACCCACCAUGUCCCAUACGGCUGUGGACGUAACUGUUUAUUCCAGUUUAUUUCUGCAGACGUAUUUGGAUAUCUAUCAGUGUGGUGUUUGGUAUAACUUUGCUUCAGAAUUACAUGGAAUUUGCUUUAAUCUGAGACAACGGCACAAGAAAUUUAAGACAAUCACAGAUUAGUAAAGUUUUCUUUGAUUGGCAAUUUAACUGAUGAUGUUAUGAAUCAUCCCAUUUGCUACUUGAAGCAGUUUGAAGCACAUUAAGAAUUACGUACAACUACAUGUAACCCAGGUGUGCUUCAAAUCUUGAAAAUGAUGAUGAUGAUGAAAAUGGUGAAAUGGACCAUGAAAUGCUACCAUUCAAAACACUGAAAGAAAUAACAGAAAUAGAGCCACAAAAAUGCAUUCUGACAAAAACAACAGCAGAAGUAAUGACAGGCAAAAGCAGUUUUGUGCCAAGGUGUCAAAGAUCUACAUUGGAGAGAUGCACAGGACUACAGGUCGGACUAAGACAAAGGAGAGCAGACAGAAAGAUACUGAAGUAGACUCAGAGGAUGAGAUACAUAGCUGACUGGACUGGCUGUGAUACUAACGCCCUCUCUCUGACAGCUGUUUUAACAGUUUUAUGUUGAAGAAAUAAAGAAAUAAAUGGAAAAAAAAUAAACAAAUGAAUAAAUAAAAGUAACUAAUAGUAAA